AUGUCCUAUCUUGCUCGUACUGUUACCCCGCUGCGAACGGUUGGGAGAGCUUUCCCUUCGCGUUCCGUGGCCGCCUUCCACACUUCGUCAGCUCGUGCAGCAUUGAGCGAGGACCAUGUCCACCGAGAAGACCGCGACAAAGAUAUCGACCACCACAAGCGUGACAGUGUCGAGAAAGCCAAGACUGGCAAAGGAGAAUGGAAACCCGAGCUAGCCUCCCAGACCGAACAAAUCAUCCAGGGUGACCGAUCCAAUCUGACAAUUGAGGAGAUGCAAAAAUUGGGCGCUCGGAAGUCGGAAGAUGAUAAAAGCCCGGCAGGAAGCAGUAGCUCGACGGGCAGCCACAAGCAGUAGGCCAAACACGCAAUGAGGAAUG